UCACGCUCCCUGCGAGUGGAAUACAUGUCCGGUGGUGCUGGCUACGUCCUCAGCAGCCCCGCCGUCAGACUACUACAGAAAACCCUCCUGCAGGAGUGCCAUCUGCCAGGACUCACAUCUUACGAGGACGUCAACAUGGGUGCCUGCAUGGCGGCUCUAGGCGUGGAACUCGGAGACACUCGAGACUCUCUAGGACGAGCCAGGUUCCUGCCGUAUCCUCCUUGGGUCCUUAUGCGAGAGGACCUCCAGCACCACCAGGGCUACUCGUGGCUCCGAAGGAUGUCCAAGUUUCCCUUCAACUUCGGCAUCGAGCACGUGAGUGACCGGCCGUCAGCUUCCACGAGGUGCGAGACCCCAGAGACUUCUACACCCUCCUGUACCUGACCAGCGACUUGAAGGUUCUUCCUGAAGGCGCAGAGUCUCCAUUUACACUUCCUGAAGGGUGAUUUCCGAUUUCAAUGUAUCAGUUAUCAGCUGAUUUUGUGUAAUUUAUUUUGGUAUGGUAGUGUCGAAAAUACAGGGCUUUUUAAGCUUAUGAAUCCCCAAAAUGAAGCCAAUAAGGAUAAGACAGUGGUCAUUGUAUUUCGAACCAUGCGUGUGCUAAUGCCAGUCUGGCCGUGUAGAUGGAUUUACUGCGCUAUAAUAUAGUUAUCCCUUUAAUUUUUUCGUUUUCUUCAAUGAUGUAAAUAAAGAUAAUGGGAAUCCAGAAAUCUUUUUGAAAGUAUAUGAAUUUACAACAGCAGUUACCAUGAAAACCGACAAUUGAAUUAUUAAUCUAGAAAUAAGUGAGAAAUGUCAGAAAUCAGGUGGCCAGGUGUUUUUUAGACGUUAUUUCGGCUAAUUAGUUUAUAUCACCGAAACGAUAAACGAAGUGAUAACCAUUCUGAAAUCCUCGUUUGCUAGCA